AUGGGUCUUGAGAAGGAAAUCACCUCUGUACCCCCUUCCCCUCCAGAUUACAAGAAGGGCACAAUCGAGAACCUCGAGCUAGACUGUCUAGGAUACAAGCAAGAACUUCGCCGCAACCGUUCAGUCCUCACUCUCCUCUUUCAAACCCUCGCCAUAGCGGCAAUUCCCUACGGUGAAGGCUCAGCCCUCCUCUCCGCCAUCUACGGUGGCGGUCCCCUCUCAAUCUUCAUAGGUUGGAUAUUCGUUUGUCUCCUCGACCAAUGCAUCGCCCUCUCCCUCGCUGAGCUCGCCUCGCGCUAUCCAACCUCCGCAGGCCCCUACUACUGGACCUUUCAAAUCUCCCACAGCAACAAAACAACUCUCUCCUUCGUCAACGCUUGGAUCUGGCUUAUCGGAAACUGGACCAUUACGCUCUCUGUAAACUUUGGCUUCGCCUCCAUGCUCGCGGCAACCAUCUCAAUCUACCAUCCAACCUGGUCAGCAUCCAACUGGCAACUCCUCCUAAUCUUCUACGCAGUCUGCCUCACCUCGCUGGUAAUCUGCAUCUUCGCAAAUGACCACCUCCCACUAGUCGACACCCUCUGCGCGUCAUGGACCCUCCUCACUAUACUAAUCAUCUUAAUCGCUCUCUCCGUCACAGCAGACGCGGGCCGCCAUUCACCAUCAUACACUUUAUCCCACUACGACAAAUCCUUCGCAGGCUGGGGAAACUUCACCUUCUUCAUCGGCCUCCUCCCAGCGGCAUACACCUUCUCCGGAAUAGGAAUGAUCACCUCGAUGGCGGAAGAAUGUGCAGACCCAGAAGUGAAAGUGCCCCGUGCAAUAGCCCUCUCCGUACCGGUAGGCGGGAUGGCAGGUCUGUUCUUCAUCAUCCCAAUCUGCGCAACCCUGCCCCCACUACAAGACAUCAUAACCGCCCCAGCAGGCCAAGCCCUCCCGUACAUUCUGGCUCGCGUAAUGGGCUCCCCUGCCGGCGGUCUCGGGCUCAUCUCCCUCGUCCUGGUUAUUACAGUCUUCUGCUCAAUUAGCAUCACGGUUGCUGCCUCGCGCGCUACAUGGGCCGUGGCCCGCGACGACGCCGUUCCGCUGGCAAGACUGUGGGCGCGCAUCGAUGAGCGCUGGGGGGUACCCAUCUGGGCAUUAGGGUUGUUGACGGGGAUUCAGAUGUUGCUCGGUUUAAUUAACCUCGGGAGUUCGAGUGCGUUCACCGCGUUUGUUUCGGUGGGUGUUAUUGCGCUCGCGGCGGCUUAUGCUAUUCCCAUAUUUUUGAGUCUGUGGCAUGGUCGUCAGGAGGUUACUAAGGCGCCGUGGAAUUGUGGUGGGGUUGUGGGGAAGUUGGUGAACGUUGUGGCGUUGGCUUGGAUUGCGUUCAAGUUGGUGCUGUUUAGUAUGCCGACUGCUUUGCCGGUUACGGCUGUGUCGAUGAAUUAUGCUUCGGUUGUUUUUCUUGGAUUUCUGGGCAUUUCGGCGGUUUGGUAUGUGGUUUAUGCGAAAAGAUAUUAUAAAGGUCCGCCUGAGUCGGAUGCUUUCGAUUGA